ACCACUGAACCCAAACCCCAUUUGCUAGCAGUGAAUCUUUCAAUACAAAUAUACAGCAAAAGUCAUUGGGUCUGCCUAGUAUUAAUAAUGGAAAAUUUUGUGUAAGGAUUAACUCUACCCUUUGGAAAGUGGCAAGCAGAAACAUCAGUAUACAAACACUUCAUUCAGAGAAACACUUUCCUCUCUACCCCAUAGCUCCUCUCCACAACGGAUUAUGGGGAUUAUAAAAGAUGAUGGUUCAGUAUCAGGAGUUUUACCCAGUGACAAGGUCUUUGCUGUUCAUUACCCUGCUUACCCUUCUUCAAUGGAACGUGCCAUUGAGACUCUUGGCGGCAUUCAAGGCAUUGUCAAGGCUCGAACUUCACAGUCAAAUAAGCUGGAGCUCCAUUUCCGGCCAGAAGAUCCUUAUUCACACCCUGCCUUUGGGGAGCUUAGGCAUAGAAGUAAUUUCCUGUUGAAAAUAUCCAAGACUAAAGUAAGGGAUGUCGAAACUGCUGACAAUAGCUGUGGAAUAUCGAUGCAAUCUUCAGGGAGUCCUGUUAAUUGUGAACAAGAAAUUUCUCGUGUUGGACAUUCAUUAGCUGCAGAAAAGGUUAACGAGUCUAGAUGUUUUUCUGCUAGUGCUUCAAAAGAAAUUGAAGUGCAGAAUGCUACUAAAUUGCAGGAGCAUCUCUCAGCUAAUAUUGUUUCUCAUGUUGCUGAAGCUUAUCAUUUUAAUGGAAUGGUAGACUAUCAGCAUGUUCUUGCCGUUCAGGCUGAUGUUGCCAGAAGAAAAAAGAGACAGUGGGCAGAGGUGGAACCUAAAUUUGAGAAGGGAGGUCUUAUGGAUGUCGAUCAGGAGGAUUUGAUGAUUUUACUACCUCCUCUGUUCUCCUUAAAAGAUAUGCCUGAGAAUAUUGUAUUAGAAUCACUUGCACCAAAAAGAAAACAAGAGGUGCUUUACCGGCAAAAUUGGGAGAAAGUCACUCUGCAGUAUGAUGGUAUUGCAGCUGCCUGGUUGUUCUGCUUAACAUUCAUACAGAUUCCUAAACCAGUGGAUUGGGAAAAGCACAUACUGCAGGGAUCAGAAGAUUGGAGACGGCAGAAGGUGGUAUCUGAGUUGUUUGAAGAGCGUCAAAUAUGGGUCAAAGAAUCAUUAGCUGAGCGCUUGCGUGAUGGGGGUCUGAAGCUUGGAGAGGGCAGGAUCAAAAGGCUUCUCUUUAGAGUAGCAUAUUACUUUUCGAGUGGGCCUUUCCGUAGAUUCUGGAUAAGGAAAGGUUAUGAUCCUCGGAAGGAUCCUGAAUCCCGCAUAUACCAGAAUAUUGAUUUCCGAGUGCUCCCUGAAUUACGAAGCUACUGUGAGAGUCAUGCGUCUUCUGGAUUGAAACAUAGAUGGGAUGAUAUAUGUGCCUUCCGUGUUUUUCCUUAUAAAUGUCAAAUAUCAUUGCAACUUUGUGAACUCAAGGACAACUACAUUCAACAAGAAAUCAGAAAACCCUCAAAUCAAGAAACUUGCGAUAAUACAACAGGAUGGUUCUCCUCUCAUAUUCUUGAUUGCUUGAGACUGUGCAUUGCUGUGAGAUUUAUGUCAGUAUGCCCUCAUCCCGAUGCAGAGUCUUUACUAAAAACUGUGUCUGCCCGCUUUGAGAAGUCGAAGAGGAUUCACACUUGUGUGAAAGUUACAAGAUCUGAAGAGCAAGGAAAAGUCCAUAAAGAAGCUGAAAACAAUGAAGUCGAUGACAAAGCAGAAAACAAUGAAGUUGAUGAACCUGAUUAUUUAGAAGAUGAUGAAGAUGACUUUGAGGAUGAUAAUGUUGAAGAUGAGAUGGAUGCAUGUGAACCUCUUGACCUUGUUGGCCAGGAAGGGGAUGUCUCUAUACAUGAUGAUCCACACACAAACCACGAUAAUGUUUCAAGAGAUUACUUGCAAGAGCUCUUUGGUAAUUUUCCAUUCAGUACAGCGGGAGUGGAUGAAGUGCAAGAUGAUCAGAGUCUUGGAGAAUAUCAGAUAUAUGACCAAUACGUCGAUGGCUCUUAUUCCGAAGAUGAAGACUACUAAGUUGUCUUGUUGCUGCACAGCCUUGGCAAAAAAAAAAGAAAAAAAAAAAGAAUGCCGAUAUUCAUCAGAAUUCCACUCAUGUCCCUACGUUAAAUUGGUAUUCGACAAAUUGUCCCUUAUUCCCUCUCCGUCUACAGUGGUGUGUCAGGAGUAAAAUGGUCGUUGGAGAAACUGUUGUAUAAAGAUAAGAAGCAGUCAAGAGCAAUACCAAAAAGGAACUGCACAGAAAAUAGUUGCGUUCGCACUCGCAGUUGCUAGAGGGAAGCUUUUCGGUAGCCUUCUUCAACUUCUACUCUGCACCAAGUUCUGCUCAAGUUUACUAGAAUUGGAUCAUUUGUGAAGUUUUCAUAUUUAUGAAUCUUUCUAAUAUAUAAUCUUAGUAUUCCUCAUUUUGGUAA